CGUAUAUUUAUCUAAAACCCUAGAAUCAUACUCAGUCACUCAAACUUCUUCUUCUUCGUAGAAUUAGGGUUUGAGAAUCAACAAAAUAGUAACAAUGUCGAUGUCUAAGAGUUCCAAAAUGCUUCAAUACAUCAACUACCGCAUGAGAGUAACAAUUCAAGACGGUCGUCAACUAGUUGGAAAAUUCAUGGCCUUCGAUCGCCAUAUGAAUCUCGUCCUCGGUGACUGUGAAGAGUUUCGCAAGCUUCCACCGGCAAAGGGAAAGAAAACCACCGAUGGCGAACGUGAAGAUCGCCGUACACUCGGACUCGUCCUCCUCCGUGGCGAAGAGGUUAUUUCCAUGACUGUCGAAGGUCCUCCACCUCCUGAAGAGUCUCGUUCCAAGGCUGUUAAUGCCGCUGCAUUGGCUGGUCCUGGAAUUGGUCGUGCCGCCGGGAGAGGUAUUCCUCCAGCUCCCGUUAUUCAAGCUCAACCUGGUCUCUCCGGUCCGGUUCGUGGUGUUGGUGGACCUGCUCCUGGUAUGAUGCAGCCGCAGAUCUCGCGCCCACCACAGCUUAACGCGCCGCCGGGUUCGUAUCCUGGUGGAGCUCCGAUUAUGCGUCCGCCUGGUCAGAUGCCAUAUCCUGGACAAGGUCCGCCGCCAAUGGCGAGGGGUCCUCCUCCGCCUAUGCCGCCUGGACAAUUUGCUCCUCCAAGACCUGGUGGUCCUCCGCCGCAAUUCUCUAUGCCGCCUCCUCAGUAUGGACAGAGACCAAUGGGCCCACCUCCUCCUGGACAGAUGGUGAGAGGACCUCCUGCUCCUCCUCGCCCUGGAAUGCAAGCUCCGCCGCCUCGUCCUGGAAUGCCUCCUCCUCCUGGAAGUGGUGUUCCUGUUUACGGUCCACCUCGACCUGGAAUGCCACCUCCACCAAAUGCUCCAAAUCAACAACAGCAACAGUAAAAAUGGUAAAAUGGAUUUGGUUUCUUCUUGCUGGAGCUUUGAAGAUAUGCACGUCGGAAUUUUUAUAACAGCUCGUACCUUGGAAGUAAUUGUUGCUUGUACAACCUUGAAUCAUUAUCUUAUUAGGGUUUUCUUUAUGUCGUGAUGAGAAUGUUAUAUUGGAACAACAUUUGUGUUAUGGAGGAAGUUAUUGUACUGCAACUAUGAGCAUUAAACAUGUAAAUCGGCUGUGUAGAUUGUUUGCAGAAUGCCGGAUCGCAUAAUUAGCAUACUGAUUUCUAAAUUUAGGGCAUGUUUUCUUAAAACUUUUGGGCCAUAUAACGAUAUUAUCAUUUUUGAAUUGUUCCUUCAGUA